AUGGUUGGCGGACUUGAUGAUCUCCUUCAAUACGGCUUCAGGAAGGCGAAAUGGGAUUUUGUGAGACAUGUUUGGACAUCAUACCAUGUUGUUUUCAAAGCCCACGGGAUCAAGUGCGGAAAAUUGGAACGUCUGGCAGCCGUUCCGAACCUUGGUGACCUCGCAAUUCAAUUUUCCAAGGAAAUCGACACCUGGUUCACCGAGAGCCCAGAGAACACCGAAAAGGUCGACACAAUCAACAUUCUCAAGAAGAAGGUGGCGCGGCGAGCUCUUCAGCAGCCUUGCAAACCGAAUGAGGCUCUUCCAUUGCUGAGGAUCGUCGAUCAAGUAAAAUGGUACACCAUCUACCUGUCUGAGGCCGUCCAAAGAGGCCAAACAGAGUGCCUACCAGAAAUAUACCGCAUCUACCGGGCAUUCCCUGGCACGAAACCCUACUGGGCCAUCCUGCACGGUAUGUUCGAGAUCUUCUAUCCUAAUGACAUAGAGGGUCUUGAACAGGUAUACGAAGACUAUCACACUUCUUACCAGGGGUUGGAUCGAUGGGGUUUCCGCAAGUUUCUCAAGUUCUAUGCUGCGCGUGGCGAUAUCAAGUCUGCCGAGCGUUUGUGGGGCCAAUACGUCCAGUCUUACCAACAUCGCCAGGUCCUUCAAGAGCCGGAAACCUUCAACCAUUUGCUGAAUGCUUAUGCAAACAAUGGAGAUCCCGAAGGUGCCCGCAGAGUGUUCGAUGAAAUGAGGGACCGCUAUGGAGUCACUCCCAGUAUCUACAGCUGGAACAUCCUGCUCAAGAGCUACGUGCGCUCGAAAUCGUACGAUGGCGCCUUGGGUCUUUUUGACGAGCUCUGUGUAGCAACCGCUCCCGACCAAACUUCCUUUGCGACAUUUAUGUCUCUUACGGGCAGAAGCGGUGACCUAGACAUGACCUCAGGGCUCCUUGAGAAGGCGGUGAAGAAGGAAGUUGUGAUCAACGUACCCAUCUUGGAAGCCAUGGUACACGCUUACUGCCAGAACAAGAAGUUCUCGCAUGCCCUGGCAACCUGCGUGAAUGCCAAGAAGCAGCUGGUUCCGGGAAACCAAACGCGACUAUGGAACGCAUUGCUGUUUUACCACUCAGAACGUCGGGCUUUCAACGAGUUGUGCCGCGUUCUGAAAAUCAUGGCCGAGAUGGGGAUAGAGUGGACGUCAACCACCCACAAUGUACUGCUCCAAGCACUGGUCCGUUGCAAACAAACUCACCACGCCUACGAUUUGCUUCGAAAAGCGCUGCGAGAUAAGAGCUUUGAGCUCACACCAGAACACUUCUCUACCGUCAUGGACGGUGGCUUGCGUACGCGGGAGUACGGGCUGGUCACUGCCACGGAAAGGAUGAGACUGCGUAAUGCUACAGCGCGAUCUGUGGAUGCUCUGAUCCGACUGGUGGAGGCCAUGAUUAGGCGGCAGAUAUACAGCACACUGCCGACAGAAGAAGACGCCGGCAAAGCCUUGUUGGCUUCGUCGUUGCAACAAAUGAUUGAAACCAUCGAUGGAAGCAAUGUCCCGGACAGUGUUCUCAGUGCGUCACUUCGAAGCGCGGACUCACUCCACCGUCUGCGACGCGUGUUACCUAGAGCCAUUACGCUCUUUUCACGGUAUCGGGACUUCCGUUUGGUCAAGGAGCUUUUUCGUUUGCAGACAGACUUUGGGUUAGUGCCCGCCCCACAGAGCUCUGACGACCUUCCUUUGAACAUGCUUUGUGCGUUGUUGAAGGAGAAUGUCGAGGAUCAGAGCUGGGACAAGGCCAAGGAAACAUGGAAGCUCAUCUGGCAGCAUGCUCUCCGGCUUGGAUGGCCACAGACUCGAAAAGGCUCUAUGAACGGCAAGGUGAUGCAGCGACACGCAGUUAUGCUCUCUGCCCCAGUCAAUACGAUUGCAAAGAUGUACAUGGACCAAAAAGACCCUGAUGGAUUCAAGAAACUUGUCGACAGCGUGUUGAGUGCUGGCUUCACCUUCGGCAGGCAAACUAUGAACGCGAUCUGCCAGACUCUGGCCAGACUGGGCUACUGGGCAGAGGCCUGCGAGUACUGCGAGAAGUAUCUAAUGCCGGGCUUCAGCGGAUGGCAAAUGAAACGUCUCAGGAACCGCCACAAGAAGAAUUUGCCGCUUGAGCAACGAAGAAUAGGCAGUGCGCCGCAGUGGCUACGUCCCACUUCAUACACCAUCGUUGUCCUCGCGGAGGAAUACAUGGAGAUCAAAACCAUGAUGCCAUGGUCCUCCGCCGCCGCAGAAAUGAUCCACAUCGCCAGGGACAAGUUUCCUCGCGUCGUGGCAGCCAUCGACACAAUCACAUACACAGGCAUCGGCAUUGAGGUGGAUGUCUUUGGUGACAAGAAGCUGUCUACAGGCCGGGAAAGGUUGGAGCGAGAGGACACCACCAAGGAGUAUGCUCAGGAGGAAAGCCGACGGCCAAACUCACCUGGAGCCAGUAAUUCAAAAGAGGAUGGCUUCACCCAGCGGUUCGAAGAUCGUAUAUAG